GAGGGCUUCAGCGAUCUUCCUUACUCUGGAAGCUUCAAUGGUUUGCUGUUGGUUGGAUAGAUCCUGACAAUAAAUAUUGCACAAAGAUUGAUGCUUCUGGGAAUGCAAAGUUGCAAACCCGCAAUGAAAACCCAAGUUUGCUACUUUGGUGGAUGACUCAAUUCUCCAAGAUAUGGCGCUGCACGUUGAAGUGUACAGUAGAGAGUCCAUUUCCGCGGAGAAAGGCUUCAGGGUACUGCAACUAUUGUCUUGAAAGUUUUGCCACUGUUGGAAGGGUUUGAUGAUUUAAAAGCCGCUGUUUCUAGUUGAGGGACUGAUCUGCUACAGAACGAUGAGUACAGGGGCUGAUAUGCCCUUUUUGACAAGAAUUUUAGCAAAGGCUGCGUUUAGUUGCGGGUAUAAAGGUAUAUGACAGAAAAAGUCAAGGCGAUUGUUCCAGACUCCGUCGGUCUUUGUUGAGAAAGAAAGAGAAAGCAAAGAAAAUGGGGAAGCAGCCGGUGAGGAUGAAGGCUGUUGUCUACGCUUUAUCGCCCUUCCAGCAGAAGAUAAUGACAGGCCUUUGGAAGGAUCUGCCGGGGAAGAUCCACCACAAGGUCUCCGAGAACUGGAUUAGCGCCACCCUCCUCCUCACUCCUCUCAUCAGCACCUACACGUACGUGCAGCAUUAUCAGGAAAAGGAAAAGUUGGCGCAUAGGUAUUGAAAGUCAGUAGAUGUGUCCCCAUCUUAUGGGAAAGAUUUUACUUUUCAUAAUUUAGGUGUACCUUUGAUGCUUGUGCCUCCUGGUGAACUGUGUUCUUGAGUUAGACUGGUUUUAGUCUUAGUCACCCUGUUUGUUUUGAUUCUUGGGUUAUGAAUCCCGAACGGCAAUAUUGUUUUUGUUGAAAUAAAUUUGUGGGCACUUAGGAAUUUGAAAUGGCAUUUUUAUGACUGCCUAUUUGGAGAAGCUCCACCAUAUCCGUGCAACCAAUCGUGUGAAUUGGAUCAUUGGCAUUGUUUAAAAAAGCUUGAGGUUGUUA